AUGGCAGCCCUCGUGGACAAUCCGCAGAUUAAACAUGCGGAGUUGCUUCGUCCGCUGCCAUUCUACUUCCACGCCUACAUCUGGCCCUUUGCCAUUGUUUGGCCCAUCUUCCUCCGAUUCUAUCUCUCUCAGGAUCUCUACGAUAAGCACAUUGGCGCCUCGGAAUGGACGUUUGUGUGGUGCGGAACCAUCAUCACGGCCCAGUCUCUUGUCUGGCUGAGCACGCACUGGAGCGUGGCUCUUGAUGCGCGAUUCACCGCAAGCAAGGCCCAAAAUGUUCAAGAUGCCCAGUUGAUCAAAGUUCUUCCUAUCGCUAACGCCGGCUCUGGCGAAAUCUGCAAGCUGGUGCGAGAUAAGGUUGGUGGCAAGACCAACACCUCAUUUUUGUUCCAGAAACGCCGUUUCCUCUACAAUCCGGAUACAAAUUCCUUCAGCUGCCUCCGAUAUGCCAUCGACGCCGAACCCAAGCCCACUAUUGGCGAGUUCCAAACAUGCCGAGGCAUCGAUAAGCAGUCCGACCUGACCCGCAUCGAGCAACACUAUGGUACAAACACUUUCGACAUUCCCGUCCCGACAUUUACAGAACUCUUCAAGGAGCAUGCGGUCGCGCCUUUCUUUGUGUUCCAGAUCUUCUGUGUCGGCCUGUGGAUGCUUGAUGAAUACUGGUACUACUCACUGUUCACUCUCUUCAUGCUUGUCGCAUUUGAGAGCACCGUUGUCUGGCAGCGCCAGCGCACCCUGAACGAGUUCCGCGGAAUGAGCAUCAAGCCUUACGAUGUCUGGGUCUACCGCCUUGGCAAAUGGACCGAGGUCCAGAGCGAUGCACUGUUGCCUGGAGACCUCGUGUCAGUUGGUCGAACAAAGGAAGAUAGCGGAGUCGCAUGCGACAUGAUCUUGGUUGAGGGUACUGCGAUUGUUAACGAGGCUAUGCUUUCCGGAGAGAGUACCCCCUUACUAAAAGAUUCGAUCCAGCUGCGCCCGGCUGAUGCACUACUUGAUACUGAAGGACUUGACAAGAACGCCUUCCUCUGGGGUGGUACCAAAAUCCUCCAAAUAACCCACGGCAACCCUGACGAAGAGAAGCCUAAGCUGGCUUCUGGUGUCCCUUCUGCCCCUGACAAUGGAGCCUUGGCUGUUGUUAUCAAGACCGGUUUCGAAACUUCGCAAGGUAGCUUGGUUCGAACCAUGAUUUAUUCGACUGAGCGCGUGUCUGCGAACAACAUUGAGGCCCUCUUGUUCAUUUUGUUCCUUCUUGUCUUUGCGAUUGCGGCCUCAUGGUACGUCUGGGAUGAAGGUGUGCGACGGGAUCGCAAACGCUCCAAGCUCUUGCUAGACUGCGUUUUGAUUGUCACUAGUGUUGUGCCUCCAGAGUUGCCCAUGGAACUUAGUCUCGCAGUCAACACUAGCUUGGCAGCCCUUUCAAAGCUGGCCAUCUUCUGUACUGAGCCAUUCAGAAUUCCUUAUGCUGGACGUAUUGACAUUGCUUGCUUCGAUAAAACAGGAACGCUUACUGGCGAAGACUUGGUCGUCGAAGGUAUUGCAGGACUGGGCCUCAACCACACCGACGUUGAGGACAAGCGAGAAGGUGACGGUGCUCACUCUACCAUUAUUGAUGUGAAACAAGCUAGCCUGGAGACGCAGCUGGUACUUGCUACUGCCCACGCCUUGGUACGAUUGGAUGAAGGCGAUGUUGUGGGAGACCCCAUGGAGAAAGCCACUCUUACUUCUCUUGGCUGGGGCCUUGGCCGCAACGACCUUCUUUCAAGCACUCCCAAGGCUGGUGCUACUCAGGGCAACGUUCACAUCAAGCGCCGCUUCCAAUUCUCUUCAGCUCUCAAGCGUCAAAGUUCUAUCGCGUUUGUCAAUGGCAUUCACACAAGGACCGGCCAAAAGAUCAAAGGUACAUUUGCUGGCGUCAAGGGUGCUCCCGAGACAAUUCAGAAGAUGCUGGUUGAGGUACCUGCCGAUUAUGAGGAGACUUAUAAAUUCUUUACACGCAAGGGAUCCCGAGUUCUCGCAUUGGCCUACAAACAGCUUUCCGUUGAUUCCGAGUUGGGUGCCAGCAAAAUCAAUGACUUGAAGCGAGAGAAAGUCGAAGCCGAUCUCACAUUUGCUGGCUUUUUGGUCCUUCACUGCCCCCUCAAGGAAGAUGCUAAAGAGGCUGUACAGAUGCUCAACGAGAGUAGCCACCGUGUUGUCAUGAUCACUGGUGACAACCCCUUGACCGCUGUCCAUGUCGCUCGAGAAGUCGAAAUUGUGGAUCGAGAUGUUCUUAUUCUGGAUGCCCCUGAAGAUAAUGCCGGUGGCGAGAAGCUUAUCUGGAAGAGUGUUGACGACAAAAUCAGCAUUCACGUCGAUCCUUCUAAGCCAAUCGAUCCCGAGAUUCUGAAGAACAAGGAUAUCUGUGUGACUGGAUACGCUCUUGCCAAGUUCAAAGAUCAGGCUGGAUGGUACGACCUUCUCCGCCAUACUUGGGUCUACGCUCGUGUAUCGCCAAAGCAGAAAGAAGACAUUCUUCUCGGCCUCAAGGAUAUGGGCUACUAUACGUUGAUGGCUGGUGACGGCACCAACGAUGUCGGUGCUCUGAAGCAGGCUCAUAUUGGUGUUGCUCUCCUCAAUGGUACCAAGGAAGAUUUGACCCGCAUUGCGGAACAUGCUCGCAACACUAAGCUCAAGGAAAUGUAUCAGAAGCAGUGCGAGCUCAUGAACCGAUUCAAUCAGCCUUCGCCUCCCGUUCCCGUCCUUAUUGCUCACCUCUACCCUCCUGGACCUACCAAUCCCAACUAUCAAAAGGCCAUCGAGCGUGAGGCCCUCAGGAAGCAGAUUACGCCCGAGGAAUACAUCAAGCAGAAUGGCCAUCCCGUAGAGACCAUUACUUCUCCUGGAGCCCAGAACAUCUUGAACAACCGUCAACAAGAUGCCAACAAGAAAGCCGCCUCCUUGGCUGAUAAGCUGACAACUAGCAUGAUGGAAGCUGAGAUGGGUGAUGAUGAACCUCCAACUCUGAAACUGGGCGAUGCUUCCGUUGCCGCGCCAUUUACCUCCAAGCUUCGCGAUGUUAUUGCCAUUCCUAAUAUUAUUCGCCAGGGCCGUUGCACUCUCGUUGCCACGAUCCAGAUGUACAAGAUUCUCGCAUUGAACUGCCUCAUCAGCGCUUACUCCCUGUCCGUCCUGUAUCUCGAGGGCAUCAAAUUUGGCGACACUCAAUACACCAUUAGUGGAAUGCUCAUGUCUGUUUGUUUCCUGAGCAUUUCGAGAGCUCGAGUUGUGGAAGGACUUAGCAAAGAGCGACCUCAGCCAAACAUCUUCAACGUCUACAUCAUUGGAUCUAUUCUUGGCCAGUUCGCCGUUCACAUUGUUACUCUUAUCUAUAUUGCUCGUUUGUGCGAUAAGAUUGAUCCACGCUCAGGAGACAUUGAUCUGGAAGCCGAAUUCGCCCCAUCGUUGCUCAACUCUGCGGUGUACUUGCUUCAGCUCAUUCAGCAAAUUUCUACGUUCGCCAUCAACUACCAGGGUCGACCAUUCCGUGAGGGUAUUCGUGAGAACAGGGCCAUGUUUUACGGAAUUGUUGGCGUUUCUGGUCUCGCCUUUGUCUGUGCCCUGGAGCUCAUGCCUGAAAUCAAUGAGCAGAUGAAGCUUGUGCCAUUCACCGAAGAAUUCAAGACCAAGAUGACCACAGUCAUGGUUCUCGAUUAUGCUCUUUGCUGGGUCAUUGAACUUGUCUUGAAGAAGGGUUUCAGCGACUACCGCCCGCGUGACAUUGCUGAACGCCGACCCGAACAGCUCAAGCGCGAGGCUGCGCGUAAGCAGGAGGUUGAAAAGAAGAAGGCGGAAGAAGAAGAGAAGGAGAGAUUAGCAAAAGUGGCUGAAUUCGAAAGGAGAGUCGAGGAACGCAAGAGGAAGAUUGAGGCAUGGGCUGCUGGCCGUCAGCAGCCGGCGACGGGGUCAUGA